AUGAUCCUCCUGAACGCUAACCUCCAUAGAACCUUGAUAGAUCAGGGCAGCUCGGCGAACAUCCUAUUCAAGCCUGCCUUCGAUAAACUCGGGCUUGAAGAAAAGGACUUAAAGACCUACCCAGACAACCUAUUCGAACUGGGGGAUACGCUAAUCCGACCCCUAGGGUACAUAUCCUUAUACACCACUUUUGGAAAGGAUGCAAGGUCGAAGACACUAAGCAUCAAUUACAUCGUGGUUGAUGUAAAAUCGGCAUACAUCGCCUUGAUAGGUCGAACCACCUUGAACUGGCUUGCAGCUAUUGUCUCAACACCUCACCUCUGUAUGAAGUUUCCCACAGCGAAAGGAAUUUUCACCAUUAAGGGAGACCAAAAGCUAGCACGUAAGAGCUACAAUGAAAGCCUUAAUUUAAAAGGCAACCCUGGAAGCAAAGAAGUCAACACAAUUGAACUGGGUGGAAUUCGAAUUCGUGAAGAGAUGCGCCUCCAACCUGGAGGCAAAGUAGAGGAGGUACAAAUUGGAGAUCACCCUAACAAAAUAACAAAUAUAGGGGCUAAUCUAGAGGGAAACCUGAAGGAACAGCUCGUCGGACUACUAAGGAAGAAUUCCAACCUCUUCGCCUGGAAAACCUCUGACAUGCCUGGCAUAGAUUCUGACUUGAUGUCCCAUAAACUCACAAUAUACCCGGGCUCUCGACCUAUUCAACAAAAGCGUCGGAAGCUCGGACCAGAAAGGACACAGGUCGUGCAGGAGCAAUUACAAGCCUUGCUCAAAGCAGGGUUCAUAAGGGAGGUUAAAGAAUGCGGGGAAUACAUACCAGUGACUAAUGAACAAAGUAUUUUCCUCUCACCUGGGAAAAUUCAUAGAGGUGUACAUAGACGACAUGCUCGUCAAAACCAGAGAGAAUGCGACAUUGUUGUCCGACCUCUCUGA